UGCACGCUGAAGUUCCUAGCUGUCACCAGCCAUCUAAUCUCGUACUGAAAUCCGUGAAGGUGAUAGGGGUGCCGCGCCGUUCUCUGUUUACCUAAAACACCUGGGACACCUGUGUUGUAAGCACACACAUUCACGCCCCCCCCCUCCGUCCGAGAGAGGACGAAAAUCCGACUGCUACAAGGAUGAAGGGGCUCCCGGUGCUGUCCCUGCUCCUUUGGAUGUGUGCGGUGUACUUUGUGGGCAUCUACCUGUUUGUGGGUGGAUUCCUGCUGGUGAGGCUUGAAGUGAACAGGACCAGCACCUGCGGAGACGUGCUGCAGCCCGGAGAGGAGCCAGUGGACUUCUGCCGCGUCCAGCCCCGUUUCCGCAGGGCUGUCCUCCUCAUCAUCGACGCCCUUAAGAUCGAUUUCGCUUGGUUUGACCCCAACAACACGGCGCCGAGACCGUAUGAGAACAAGCUGCCUGUGUUGGAGGAGACGGUCUCAUCCAGGCCUUCCCACAGCCGCCUGUACCCUUUCCGCGCCGACCCGCCUACGACCACCAUGCAGAGGAUCAAGGGCUUCACCACAGGCUCCUUGCCUACCUUUGUGGAUGUAGGUAAUAACUUUGCAUCCAGUGCCAUCUUGGAGGACAACCUCAUCCACCAGUUUGGGCAAGUGGGCAAACGAGUGGUGUUCAUGGGCGACGACACUUGGGAGAAUCUUUUUCCGAAGAAGUUCCACCGCUCUCUGCCCUUCCCCUCUUUCAACGUGAAGGAUCUGCACACCGUGGACAAUGGGAUCCUCCAGCACCUCUACACAACUAUGGUGGGGGACGAUUGGGAUGUCCUGGUUGCUCAUUUCCUCGGAGUGGAUCACUGCGGCCACAGGUUUGGUCCCGACCAUCCGGCCAUGGCCGACAAGCUCACCCAGAUGGACGGAGUCAUCAGGUCUGUGAUUGACCGUCUGCAGAAUGACACCCUCCUGGUGGUGAUGGGAGAUCACGGGAUGACGGACACCGGAGAUCACGGCGGAGAAAGUCAGAAGGAGACCGACGCUGCCAUCUUCCUCUACAGUCCGUCCCCUCUGUUUCCCGGACCGCCGUCCCAGAGUGAACCGGACGUGGUGCCCCAGACAGACCUGGUGCCCACCCUGGCUCUGCUGCUUGGAGUUCCCAUCCCGUACAGCAGCGUGGGGCAGGUGCUCUUGCCUCUAUUCCCCCCCCAUGGGCAGACAGAAGGUGCAGUUGGACGUCUCAGCCAGCUGGAGGCACUGUGGAUCAAUGCAAAACAGGUAAACCGUUUCCUAGAGACUUACUCCGGCAUGGCCAAAGACAUCCCGCCAGAGAGCCUCUCUCAGCUGAAGCGCCAAUUCUCCCGCCUCUCCUCUGAGUACCUCAGCUCGGUUAGAGAGGGUCGGUCACCCUCCCCACAGCUGGCCGCCUCGCUGCAGGCCUACCUCACCUCCGUCAGAGACACCUGCCGAGCCACCUGGGCUCGAUUCAACCCCCUUAAAAUGGCGGUCGGUUUGGCCAUCCUGGCGUUCGCCUGCUUGACGUGUUUCAUCCUGUCCGAGCUGUCCCUGGUGCUGAUCAGGGAGAACGCUCCCGGGCCGAAGGCCCCGGUUGUCGCGGCACUGGCGGCGGGAGCUUGCGCGGCUGCCUGCCAGUUGCUCGCGCAGGGCUACGUCGAGGCGGCGUGGUGCCUGGCCGCCGCCGCCCUCAGCUCCGAACUCCUCUUUCUCUGGAGAGCCCAUCGGCGCGGAACCGCCCCCGCGGACAAAAACGGAGCCAAAGCUCCAAAGUGUACUACCUGGCUGAGCCCGUGCCGCCUCCUCAUCCCGCCUCUCUUGGUGCCGCUGCUCCGCUGCGCCUCCCUGCUCUCGGACAGCUACGUGAUCGCCGAAGGCCGGGCGGUGACCUUUCUGGUGUUCUCUCUGGCGCUCUACAUUCCCAUCCAUCUCAACUGGGAUGGCCUGCUCCUGCCCCCCAGCCACGACCCUCUCAAGGCCGCGGGGUUCCUGCCGCCCCCAGCCUCGUCCCCGUCGACCGUGAGGAAAGAAAGCAGCAUCCUCCUCGCCUGCUUGGCGCUCCUCGUCGGCAGCCUCUACCUCUCCCUCUCCUUCCACGCCUGUCGAGAAGAGCAGGGCUCCUGCCAGCCGUCUCCGUUCCUCUCUCCUCUGUCCCGGUUGCAGGACAGCCAGCUGAAGAACCUGCACUACGUCCUCUCCGUCUUCUCCCUGGGGUCGUGGACGUAUCUGCUGAGGCGCUGCCUCCGCCACUACGGUAACCUCAACUCCUCCGGCGGGACAGCGUUCACCGCCCACUGGAUCCUGCCACUGCUGUCCGUGUGCCUGGCGCUCCACUGGGCGGUCAGCGCCACGCCAGAGGACAGCUUCAGGAACCUGGCCGAGCUGAUCAGCCUGGCCCAGCUGGCCCUCCCCAGGGCCGCCUUCUGUCUCCUGGGACUGGGGCUGUUCCUGAUCUGGCUGGAUCCUCUCACCGUUUUCGUCAAGACCAGGGGCGCGGCCUCAGCCCGAGCGUCGUCUCUGCCCCCGCCGAGCUACCGGGCGAGCACCGGCAUCAGCCCCCAAGCCGAGCUGCACCACCUCAUCCCCCAGAUCUACCAGCGCAUGCGCCGCUCCAUGGACGACGGCGAGCUGAGCGGGGGCGGCGAGGUGGACAGCAGUCCCGCCGUGAAGGCCUACGGACUGGGAACCAUCUACUCCGCCCCCUUGCUGCUGUUCUGUGGCCUGCUGGGAAUUGGCCUGCUGCUGCUGCACCCAGAGGGCAUGGCUCUGUCUUUCCUCCUGCUGCUGCUUGAAAUGGGAGCGCUGUUGCACAUUCACGCUUCCUCCACUAACCUCAGUAGCCUGCAUGGAACAUAUUCUGGUGGCUUCAACGUACCCUGGACUCCAGUGGUGCUCUGGUCCCUGGCGGCCACCCAGUUCUUCCACGCCACGGGUCACCUCCCCACCUUCCCGUCCAUCCAGUGGGGCGCUGCCUUCGUGGGGUUCCCCGACGGACACACAGGCACCCUGCUGCCCGCCUCGCUGGUCACCCUCAACACGUUUGCCUCACACAUCUUGUUCGCAGUGGGCUGCCCGCUGCUGCUGUUCUGGCCCCUGGUGUGCGAGGUGCGUGGGAGCAGGGGAGCGAGAGCUUGCGGCGAAGAGGGAGAGGACGCCGUGAUGGAGAUGAGGCUGCGGGAAAACCCCCAGCAGUUCAGCUCGGCCCUUCUUCAACUCUCAACGCGCUACCUCUUCAUUCUCGGAGCGCAGGUCUUUGCUUCGGUCUGCGCAGCUGCUAUCCUCAGGAGACACCUAAUGGUGUGGAAGGUUUUCGCACCCAAGUUAAUGUUCGAGGCCUCGGGGUUCCUGGUGAGCAGCGUGUCUCUACUGAUCGGGGUCACACUAGUGCUGAGAGUAGACGUGGCCGUGGGCCGCUGGUUUAAGAGACUCGUCCCGGACGCGUCUAGGUAGCGACGGCGGCGCUGCUGCUUAACCACGGAAGCCCGCCAGAGCACACUGUGCCACAGAGAAAAGGGACAUGGUGGCGUCACUGUAAAGUUAUUUUUUAUACCGACCUCUCACGAGACAAAAAAGACGUUGCCAUCUGUGUCUCGCGUAAGGAUCCCCACAAACGCGUCGUGUGAGGUUGCCACUUACUGUAACUCUCUUUGAGGGCUAUGUCAUGCAUUACUGACACUGAGGGCCACCUCCUUUUCAGCCAGAGACUUAAGGUGAUCUUAGACUGGCUGAACUCUCCUGGAUCGCAUCUGGACUCACAUAGAUACCGUAAUACAUUUAUAGACCACCUCACUUAGCUCAUGAGGUUGAAGGCCUUUUGGGGUUGGAGUUGUAUGUGGUUAGAGCAGGAACCACAGUUUCUGAAUGUCUCCUGAACUCCUCCGUUUUCUAAUAGAACUAAUAGAAUGGCUGAAACCUACCGAGCUCUCCAAGCCUGGCCAGUCUGGCAAAUGGUUCAAUGGUGCAGCGGUCAAAAAGCUUCCCGAAAUACAUAACACUAAACAGUUUACACUAGCAACAUGGCUGUCACAGUUGGCUACCUACAACAUUUAAACCAAACUGGCCUUUAAGGAAUUCCCCCCCCCCCCCCUAUGUUCAAGUUCAAUGUUAUACAGGGGGAAAUAGAACUAAAAGAGUAUGUUAAUGUUGAGUCGGUUCAGUGUCUUACUCCUGAAGCUGCCAUUGGGACUCCACAGCGACAGAAUGACCACUUUAACCACCGAAGCCAACCAAUCUGCCACCCACUGUCUGGCGCUACUUCACGAUCAAUUUGCAAGCCGAUCUACUCCGUUUUGGUGAAAUCCAUGCAAGUGCAUUACACCAUGUCUGUCAUCGCUGAAGGAACUUUUCCGUAUUGUUUAUUUUAUUUUAUUUUUCUAUUUUCAAGAUGUUGAAAUAACCAGCGUGUCUUGUUACUGCCAAUUCAUAGUAUUACUGUGAACGUUUUUGUUUUUUCGUCCGGGUUUUCAAUCUACCGCUUUUAUUACUUUGGGGUUCCGAUUCCUCACUUUAAUGCCUAUUUAUAAUCGAGUUUCUUUUAAUCCCAGAUCUUUUUUUCAUCUCAAAUUAUACUUUUGUCGUAAUUAGGCCAAUUCCCCCCCCCCACAACCCCGCCCCCCACCCCGGAAUAGGUGCCUAGCUUUGACCAAUGCCUUUUUUUCGUGUAUGAUGUCAUUAUGUUGAAAGGGUCAUUAAAUCCAGGACGUCCAGAAACGGCGUCAGUAAAUGUAUUUCUGCGCGACGUCUGAGUCAGUGUUGGAUGUGAGAUCUGUUACUGUGAUGCAGCUGUAGUCAGCAGCUGAAGCUCAUCAGCUAAUGCAUGAAGAGACGUCGACUCAGGACGAAUUAGCUAAAAUGCAAUAGUACUGCAUUUCUCAGGCUGUUGUAUGGGAGUGAUUGGUCAUUUAUAGCGGCUGCUGUAGUGAUUAGCCCAAGUGAUGGUUUGGCUAGGUUGUGUGAUGACGGGGCAUUUUUUUUUUUCUGAUU